AUGCGCACAGCUUCCUUGGUUCUGGCAGCUCUCGCUGCUGGGCUGGGCCAGGCACAGUAUCUCAUCAACGAGCUCAGCUUUGGCAUAGACUCCAAACUUAGCCACGACGAGUCCCCCGGCACCAUCCCACACUACCACGUCAACGGCCAGCCCAACCGCCCCGAUGUGCUCUCCAACAAGGUCAUCCUGACGCCGAUGGGCAUCGGCAACCAGCGCGCCUCCAUCUGGGGCGAGCGCACGCUCCAGCGCGACGACUGGGUCGCCGACAUUGACUUUCGCGCCAACGGCCCUGAGCGCGCCUCGGGCAACAUCAACAUCUGGCUGGCCAAGGACGGCCGCGCUACCGUGCAGGAGAACAGUGUCUACACCGUAGGCCGCUUCGAGGGCUUGGUCCUCGUCAUCGACCAGUACGGCGGCUCCGGCGGCAUGUUACGCGGCUUCCUCAACGACGGCACCAAGGACUACGCACACCAGACCAAUAUUGACGCCCUCGCCUUUGGCCACUGCCAGGUCAGCUACCGCAACCUCGGCCGGCCCUCGCAGAUCAAGCUGCACCAUGCUGGCGGCCACUUCAAAGUCGAGAUUGACGGCCACAAGUGCUUCGAGAGCGACAAGAUUGCCCUCCCCCAGGGCUACACCUUUGGCAUCACCGCCGCCACGCCCGAGAAUCCCGACUCAUUUGAGAUUUUCAAGCUGACUGUCAUGAGCGAGACGGUCGACCCCCGCCAUACCCAGCAGACUAACAACAACAAUAACAACAACCAAAACAACCAAAACAACCAGCAGGCGGCGCCCGGCGGCUUCGACAACCCCGAAGACGCCUUUAAGCAGAGCAUCCCCGACAAGAGCGCCGACACGUUCCAGACGUCGGCGCAGCAGUUUGCCGACCUGCACAACCGCCUGCAGUCGACGUACCACCAGCUGGCGGCCGUCUACCGGUCUGUGACGGCGCACCACGCCGUCGACGAGCAGCGCCACAAGGAGGUGCAGGAGAUGGUGCAGAACAUCCGCGCCGACCUGAAGCGCCUCGACAAGGUCGACAGCCUCGAGCGCACCGUCGAGGACCUCAAGCGCGACGUCGCCAGCCUGCGCGACACGCUCGACCGCCGCAUCAGCUCCCACGAGACGAGCUUCCGCGGCGCCCUCACCGACCACCACCGCCAGCUCUCGGAGCGCAUGGCCGACAGCAUCCCCGGCCACGGCAAGCUGAUCUUCAUCCUCAUCGGCACUCAGGUCGUCCUGGCGGGUGUCUACAUUGUGUACAAGCGCCGCAAGAUGGCUGGGCCCAAGAAGUAUCUGUAG